GGAGUACCAUUAACAUAGAGAGAGGAAAUAAUCGAAUAGAAACUAAGAUCGAGUAAUCGAAAAGAGAAGAGUUUGAGCUACGAGGGAGAGAGGUUGUGUUCUCGGUGCGCGGAUUAAACGAAAGCGAGAGAAGAGAAAAUUAUAAAACACUGUGUAAAUUAAAUAUAAGACGAAUGAACGAAAUAAAGUUAUGAUUUCUUAAUGAAUCCGUCGACAACAAUUAUUGCGAGAAAGUAGCCUCAAACUCGAUACAACCGGGAGGAUUAUACGCGCAUAUGUAUAAGUCCCCCCACAUUAAUGGGGGCUCGUCCAGUAAAAAAAAAAAGCAAUAGUGUACAUCAAUCAUUAAAUCGUGUGUACAUUAUCGCCACAAAACAUAAAACACCCAGGAGAAGCAGAAUUUUGAACGUCUAGAAAUUUCUGCAAAGGAGAGAACGAGACAGCACAUUGAGCAGCACACACACAGAAAUGGCUAUGUCACGACAGGCCUAAAUUUCACGAGAGCGAGUGAGACAGAGUAUGACAGCAAAGGCAAGCAGAAGAGCAGUUACGGCAUUAUCCGUUAAGUUCGUGCAUGUCUGAGCGACGGUAGAACCACAGAGGACAACGAAAAUUCGAGAAGAAGCACAUAAAUAGUGCACAAGAGACGAGAAAAUUAUGUGAAACUGUGAGAGAGGCAGUGGAACAGAUGGAAAAGAGGCACACAGAGAGUGCAUAAAAGAGAGUUGAAAACUUCGAUGUCGAACUGUUAGAGAGAGAUACAGAGAAGCAAGGAGUAACAACAACAACAGAAUCCAGAGAGCGGCAUUCACAUACACAGGCGACGACAAUAUUCAUCAGAUGUGUGUAUGGGUGCAGAACGCGACGAGAGGGUCCAGAAAGAGCAGAGAACAUCAGAAUCCAGAGAGCGGGCUUCACACACAACGACGACGGCAUCAACCAGAAGAUAGGAACAAGGCGUGACGAGACGAUCGAGAGCAGAGGAAAAGAAGAAAAUCAAAGUCCCGAGUGCGGCAGCCACAUACACAGACGACGGCGUUAUCCAUCAGACGUGUGUAUGGGUGCAUAGCAAAGAAACGACGUAAGAAACAAUUAGCGUAAUAGCGACAGAUGUCAAAGAGAGACAGCAGAGUAAGAGUAACAGAGAUAAAGUAUAAGAAAUUUAAAGAGUGAGAUAAAAAAUAUUAUUCGUAAACAUUAAUCAAAAUUCUUAAACAUUAUUUUAAGUUUAUAUCAUAUUAAUUACAAUACUAAUGUUGCACGACAAGAUCACACAACUCACCGUAGUUGAGCUAAAAGAAAAGUUAAAAGAGUUGAAGCUGAAAACUAAGGGGAACAAAGCAGAGUUACAGGACAGACUAAUAUAAUAUUUCGAGUCGGAGGUUAAUGAAGAGUCAAUGUAUGAGGAUACAACAGAUUUUAGUUUGAAUAUCCAGAGUGAACAAUUAGAAGCUCCAAGUAAAAUGGCGUUAACAUUGAAAGAUAUUCGUGAUUCUUUAGUUGAGUUUGAUGGCAGCCAGCAUAAAGAUAUUAACGAUUGGCUUACAGAUUUUGAGAGCACAGCAGAGACAGUACAGUGGAACGCGCUGCAAAAGUUCGUAUAUGGUAGGCAAUUGCUGAAAGGAGCUGCGAAGUUGUUUGUAAACAGUCAAGAUGGUCUUACUAAUUGGGAUACACUUAAAGAAGCUUUAGAGGAAGAGUUUACAGAGAAACUGUCGGCAAAGCAAGUACACACGCAACUCGAGAAUAGGAAGAAGAAGCCGAAUGAAAGUUUGGUAGAAUAUUUUUAUCAAAUGAAGAGUCUGGCCAAAAAGAGUAAUUUAGAUGAAGAUAGCGUCAUAGAAUACAUAAUAGAAGGUAUACCUGAUACAAAUCAGAACAGGAGCGUGUUAUAUCAGGCCAAGGAUUUUAAAGAGUUAAGAGACAAAAUGAAGAUAUACGAGAAAACAUCGUCGAAUCUGGAGUCAAGAUUAAAGAUGAAGUUCGAGAAGAAGGAACAGAAUAUCAGGGCAGUUGAACCUAGAUGUUUCAAGUGUGGAGGGAAAAAUCAUUUGGCUAAAGAUUGCGUGGAGAAGGAUAUAAAAUGUUUCAAAUGCGAACAGUUGGGACAUAAAGCAAAUCAGUGUAAAGUCCAAAAGAAGGAUAUAAAGGAGAUAUCAAAGCCACAACAGCUAGUCCAGAGAAUGUAUAAUCGGGUUUUUAAGGAUGUUCGGUUCGGUAAUGAAGUGAUAUCGUCGCUUUUUGAUUCCGGUAGCGACAUAUGCACUAUGAGUGAGAGUGCAUAUAAGCGAGCGUACCCAGUUCCAUUAAGGGCGCAAGUGAAAGAAUUAGUUGGAAUCGGAGGAAAAAGAAUUGGUACCCUCGGAUUUUUCCUUGUUGAUACUGAGCUAGAUGGCAUCCCGAUUGAGAUGUGUUUUCAUGUGGUCAAAGAUAGAGACACUUUGUAUAGCGCGGUAAUCGGUAGUGACGUAUUAGAGGUAGUGAGCGUUACACUUGGGAAAAAAGGAGUAGUUUUUCAUAAGUUUGAAGAGGUGAGGGAUAAUGAAAAGAGAUCCGAGAUAGAGGAUAGCGCUCAAACCAGUAUUGCUCAUUAAAGUGAUAUUAAGAGCUCUAUCGAUGUUUCACCGGCGAAUCGCGUAGCAGAGUUAAAAGAAGCAUUCGAGCAGAUAAUGACGAUAAAAGAGAUAGAAGAUUUUUCGUCAGAGGUCGAUCUUUCGCAUUUGAGUGUUAUGACGAAGGGAAUAGUGAAGGAUAUGAUUACCCAGUAUAAUCCAGUAAAGUCGACUAAUUGUCCAGUGGAAAUGAAGAUUAUACUCAUGGACGAAGUGCCAGUAUAUCAGAGACCGAGACGGUUGCCUUAUGACGACCAAGAAAGGGUAGAUCAGCAAAUUAAGGAAUGGUUGGAGAAAGGAAUCAUUCGACACAGUGUUUCGGAAUACUCUUCGCCUAUUGUGCUAGUUCCGAAGAAAGACGGUAAGAAAAGGUUAUGUUGUGACUAUAGGAAGCUCAACCAGAAGAUUAUACGAGAUAAUUUUCCGACAGCAGUUAUCGAUGAUGUGUUACAUAAAUUGCAAAGAGGAAAAAUAUUCACAACACUCGAUUUGUGUGACGGAUACUUUCAAGUCCCAGUAGAGGAGAACUCGAGGAAAUUUACGUCGUUUGUCACCCAGAACGGCCAAUACGAGUUUAAUUUUGUACCAUUUGGGAUUAACAAUUCGGCAGCGGUGUUCACGCGCUAUAUAUUCGCGGUGCUGAGGCCACUUAUUAGCGAAGGCGUUUUGAUAUUGUAUAUGGAUGACAUUAUUAUACCAGCUGAGAGUGAGUUAGAAGGAAUCAAUAAACUGAAGAGAGUUUUGAGCUUGGCAGAGGCGUCAGGGUUGAAAAUGAAAUGGAGUAAGUGUCAGUUUUUACAGCGCAGAGUCAUUUUCCUUGGGUACAUUAUAGAAGACGGGACGAUUAUACCGUCAAGAGAGAAAACGGGAGCAGUUGAGAAUUUUCC